GGCAGAGUGCGACAGAAUCCUGGAGUCCUUGGAGCAAGCGUCCCUGCUCUACACGUCCUGUGUGCAGGAGAACACGGCCGCGCCCCACCCGCACAAUCGGUACGGCCAGGGGCUGGACCCUCACGAUCUUCACAAACUACUCGCCUCCAUAUGUGAUGAUGGUUGGAGCUUCGGCGAGUGCAAGGGCAUCGCAUUCCAGGCUCAGACCGAUGCCACGUUGCUCGAGAAGCAGUUCUCGUACCAGGAGCGGCUCCACAAGCUGAGCGGGGGCAUGGUUGCGCGGAAGAUGAGGCACAACAUGCAGUUCCUGACUUGCGGCGGGUCGCACACGAUUGGGUUGUUGUCCGCGGUGAACGAGAAGGUGAGGUGCCACCCGACUUUGACGAAGCACCUUGCCGACGAUGACGGCUUUAUCUCUAAGGAGAUGGUGCUUGCCGUAUGCCCGUCGCUCAGAGGCUCGUUGCAGCACGGCUUCAAUAUGCAGAUCAUCCGCGCCGAGGUGGAGCUGGCGUGCCCGCAGCUGCCCUGGUUCAUCCAG